CUUUGCUCCUUGUUUGGGAAGCAAGUGGGAGGGGAUCAGACCAGGGGGCUAUAUAACCCUUCAGCGUUCAGCUUCCCUGGACACCACCCACCCAGAGUGGAGAAGCCCAGCCAGUCGCCACCACUGCCAGGAACCCUGAGAAGCAGCUCCAGCUAUGUGCGAAGAGGAAGACAGCACAGCUCUAGUGUGCGACAAUGGCUCUGGGCUCUGUAAGGCCGGCUUUGCUGGUGAUGAUGCUCCCAGGGCCGUUUUCCCAUCCAUCGUGGGACGUCCCAGACAUCAGGGAGUGAUGGUGGGAAUGGGCCAAAAAGACAGCUACGUGGGGGAUGAAGCGCAGAGCAAGAGAGGGAUCCUGACGCUGAAGUACCCGAUAGAACACGGCAUCAUCACCAACUGGGACGACAUGGAAAAGAUCUGGCACCACUCCUUCUACAACGAGCUUCGUGUAGCCCCUGAAGAGCAUCCAACCCUGCUGACAGAGGCACCGCUGAACCCCAAGGCCAACCGGGAGAAAAUGACCCAGAUUAUGUUUGAGACCUUCAAUGUCCCUGCCAUGUAUGUGGCUAUUCAGGCUGUGCUGUCCCUCUAUGCCUCUGGACGUACAACUGGUAUCGUGCUGGACUCUGGAGAUGGUGUGACUCACAACGUGCCCAUCUACGAGGGCUAUGCCCUGCCGCACGCCAUCAUGCGUCUGGACCUGGCUGGCCGAGAUCUCACCGACUACCUCAUGAAGAUCCUGACUGAGCGUGGCUAUUCCUUCGUGACUACUGCUGAGCGUGAGAUUGUCCGUGACAUCAAGGAGAAGCUGUGCUAUGUUGCUCUGGACUUUGAAAAUGAGAUGGCCACGGCUGCCUCCUCUUCUUCCCUGGAGAAGAGCUAUGAACUGCCUGACGGGCAGGUGAUCACCAUCGGGAAUGAACGCUUCCGCUGCCCAGAGACCCUCUUCCAGCCAUCUUUUAUUGGGAUGGAGUCGGCGGGCAUCCACGAAACCACCUAUAACAGCAUCAUGAAGUGUGAUAUCGACAUCAGGAAGGACCUUUACGCUAACAACGUCCUCUCGGGGGGCACCACCAUGUACCCAGGCAUUGCUGACAGGAUGCAGAAGGAGAUCACAGCCCUCGCACCCAGCACCAUGAAGAUCAAGAUCAUUGCCCCUCCAGAACGCAAGUACUCUGUUUGGAUCGGUGGCUCCAUCCUGGCUUCUCUAUCUACCUUCCAGCAGAUGUGGAUCAGCAAACAGGAAUAUGACGAAGCUGGUCCCUCCAUUGUCCACCGCAAAUGCUUCUAAGUCACCCCCUGCUCUGUCUCUAGCACACAACUGUGAAUGUUUCGUGGAUCAGCGCCUUCCGUUCCUUUCCAAAUCAUUCCUGCCCAAUGCUUUGAUUUGUUACUCGUGUUUUUUUUUUUUUUUUUUUUUUUAAUAAAUCAGACAUGUGCUACCCUUAACUUCUAGCCCUGGCCUGUCAGCACUGAUUCAGUUGUGUUUCUGUUAGGUGAGAAUCAUUUAUUAUAGGGUGGCUCCCUCUAGUGGUCAGGAAAGGCUGUGAGACAAUUAGAACAAUAAAUUCCUAGGCAACACUUACAUCACUUCAAUAGAGGAAGGCCGACUUAAAUGAUGUAAACAGGGUGCAUUUGAGAGUGCAUAGGACAUGUGUAGAUUACGUAUAAUAAUAUAUAUUAGUACCAAUAGGAAAAAGCUACAUUGACUUCACAGCUUGCGGGACUAUUUUACUUUAUACAUAUAGGUCACCACAUAGGUAAGAACAAUUUUACAUGUAUUUAAAAUUUGGCGAGCAAUAUGGUUUUAUUAAAAUUACAUCUUUUGUAUUAAAGCAUAGGCAUAU